ACUAAACGUCGCCGACAUCACGUGACCAACCCGGAAGUCAACAAACUCGACGGCGACAUGUAACUUUUCAAAAGCAACGUUUACAUUUCUCCGAGCCUUAACUUUUUAAAAGUGCAUUUUAAAGUGUCGUUUUGCUGCAUGUUAGCGUCGCAGUUCGCGCUCGAAGGACGACUCGUAAGCAGACGCAGCCUUGCAACUGUUGUCGCGCUUGUUUUUAUUUUGUUUGUUUUUUAGGGAGGAGUGAAAGUAAAAGUCAAAGUGUAAAAUGCGAAGCGAUUCUCCUCUGUCGAGCGUCAACGUCGUGCUCGUCAUGGCCUUUGGUAGUCUGGUCUUUGUACUGCUGUUCAUCUUUGUGAAAAGGCAAAUUAUGCGACUGGCCAUGAAAUCUCGACGGGGACCCCACGUUCCCAUUGGUCACAAUGCUCCAAAGGAGCUAAGGCAAGAAAUCGAAGCCAAACUGUGCCAAGUUCAGAAAAUCCACUUUGAGCCUCGUCUGCUGUCUCCAGAGGAUGAGCGGCUAAAAUCAGCUACCUGUGAGUACCAGUACAGGAUGAGAGCAUUGGACGCCAUCAGAGAGACAGAUUUCCCUUUUUGGGAGCUGGGCGGAUCCUCCACUGCUGUGACGGGAAAACGAUUCAGAACUUGGCUUCUGCAGCUAAAAAAUUCACACUGCCUCUUCCGGGACGGCCAGAAGGGUCUGAUUGACAUGGUGCUGGAUGGCUACAAUAAAGCACGCCAUGGGGACAAGGCUUUUGGUGAAGCAGAACUCAGUAAAUACCAGGAGGCUCUCACUGAACUGGCCAGUGUUGUCAAGAGCCAGAGCAGAAGCGGUAGCAAUAGCAGCAGCACGGCAAGCCAGCGGCACCAGAUUGCCGCAAAGGAUUUGACCCCACCCGCUGAGCCCGUAAGCUCCUCCCCAUCGUCGCGGGCCCACCUCACGUCGGCGGCACAGCAGCGCAUCAAGAGGACCAGGAAUUUGCUGGAGCUCAAGAACUUUAAGGACAAGUACAACACACUCGACAGCACAUUGUAAGAAUGAAUGGAAGCGAAGGUUGGCGCCAUCUAGAGGCGUUUUUUGUUACAACAGCUGCCCGUUUUCUGUAGCAGGUUUCUCAAACCUUUUUGGUUCAGGGACUCGUUUCAGGGGAAAGCUUUUUUCUUUGUCAUUCUGACGUUGAUUAAAUGUAACUAAAGUGUGCCCUUGAAUGGCAAAAUAAUUAAUAUUUUUCAAGAGAAAAAAGUCAUUACGUUCCAUUAAUAACUUUGUUUGGUGUCGAAAACAAAUUCAAAAUUGCACUUUCAAUCAAUAAAAAUAAGGUGUGAUCUUUCAAAGGAGACUUAAUGUUUGCAAAUGGGGCAGCAACUAACUUUUAUAAUAAUAAUUAAUUCAUCUGUAAACUUUUUUCAAUUCACUGAUGGAUCAGAUUAAAAAAGGGGAAAAAACAACAUUGUUGAAUUUCUGUCCCCUUUUCCCAGGACAGGACAUGGUUUCAAGUUGACAGUACAGAAAGUGCGCAAACAUCAAUUGAUUAUGAUUCAGUUACUGGUUUGUUAUAGGUCAGAAAAUUGGCAAAAAUCUUGCUCAUUUUUACCAAAGUAAAAGUGGAUGUUUUUGCAAAUGUCUUAUUUGUUCUCGUCUCGUCGCGUGGACAGUUUGCUGCUUCAUAGAGAGAUUAUGUCUUACUGUAGAUCACACUCAUCAAAAUUCAAAAAAAUUUAAUCAGGGAUCAAGUAAACAUUUCUUGAUAAUUUUUUUUUGGGGGGGGGCUGAUUCAGUUUUUUUUUCCUCUGAAGCAACAUGAUAAAAACCCUAUGAGUGUAUAUGUACGCCGCUCAAAGUGUUACUUUUAAAUAUCAAUAUGUAUUGUCAUGGAGGAGUAUUAGGCAGUUGGAAACAAAAAGAAGAACAAAGAGAUUUAAGUUGUACUCAUGAGAAUUUUGAGUUGAAAAAAAUUCUAAAAAUAAAUCUAUAAAAUAUUCUGUACUUUGGCUGUUUUGGUACGAACAACUUUAUUUUCGUAAUACAGCAUGACGAUGUUAAUCGUGAGCUUUUUUCCCCUGGAUAAUAUCGAACUGUAUCCUCAAAAUAUCUACUGGUACUUUUUUUUUUCGGGGGGGGACACCUUAAUUUUCACAAGUUUACAACUUAAAUCAGGCAGUUUUUUUUUCGUUUUGCUUUCAUUGGCCCUAAUCCUCCUCCAUAUAAUUCCUCCCUCUCACUCGCAGUUUUUGCUUGAUACUUGCAAGCAUCAGGUCUAUGUGAUGUACUCAUGGAGUUGACUUGACCAAAACUGAAACCAUGAUGGUAUGUGGGAAUGAUAAGACAAUCAGUAUUUAUUGCGCCGAUGUGAAAAAACAAAAAAACACGCUUCCUGUAUGACCACUUUAAUGAUAGCAUGAGAGCUAAUCACAUUUAGUGAAAUGCAUGCACUUAUUUUUCAAUUUCUAUAUUUUAUUUUUUCAUGCCUUAACAUGAUUUACUGAAUUACAUAAUUUCAAUGCAAUUGAAUUUAUUUGCAGUGCAUCAGUUCUUUCUGAAUGUAACGCGAUUUUCGGACGUCUGUUAUUUGGAUUUAUCCCAGAAAGCUACUCUAACGUCUGAAUGCCAAGAUUGUAAUUUCUCUGUAAUUUUCUAAAUGAAACUGUGACCUCAAUAGUU